GAUAAUAACAAAUUGAUAACAGAUGACACUUGGCUGUUGUCUGUACAUAUAUCCGCUGUGUCACAAGUCAUUAAAAAAAAAUAAUAAAUAUUUCAGUUCUGACAGUUGGUUACUUCUAAAGUCAUAAAAAAAUAACAAACAUAUUGAGAUAACCGUUAAUAGGAGAACACAAUUUUUUAUUAUUAAACUAAAAUUUAAAUAUAUUUAUUGUUAAAAAAUGGCUGGUAAUUUUAAACAUUGUAUAGAACUAUUGGAAAGUAAUGAAAAAAGUGUGCAACGUGAAGCCUGUUUUGUAUUAACAAAGUUGUGUGAAAAUAUUCUAAAACAUCCUACAAUAGAAAAAUAUCGUAAAGUUCGUUUAACCAAUCCUAUUGUAAUGAGUAAACUUUUACCAGCUUCAGGGGCAAUUGAAUGUUUAUUUGAAGCUGGAUUCAUUGAGACUGAUGACGGUUUUUCUUUACCGAAAGAUGCAUCGCUUUCAUUACUUGAAGAUAUGAAGCGUUUAAUUGAAACUUCACAAAAAGAAAAUCCUUCACAAGAAGCAAUUUGUCAGAAUAAGGAGGAAUCCAUUAUAAGACAAGAAUCAUCAAAUUCAAAUCAAAUACAAUUUUUCAAUGAAAUUGAAAGGCAUUUUCAUGAUGCUUUAAAUCUGGAAAAUAAAAAAUUACUGACUGAUGCUAAACUACUUAUACCUCUUGAAAAAUUGCAAUUAAAAGCAACGGAAAGGAUGAGAUUUAUUCAGAGGGAAAUUAAAACAAGAAAUAUGGAAGAUAAAUGCAGUGAUACAGAAAGUGAAGAAGAAAAUUUUACAAUGGAAGACUUGCUUUUAACAGAAUUACUUUACUGGUUUAAAUAUGAAUUUUUUACGUGGGUAAAUAGUCCGCCUUGUAAUCUUUGCUCAAAUGAAUGUUCAUUCGCCAGGGUUGAACCCGCCAAAAGUCCUGGUAUAUCAAGAAUAGAAAUACACAGGUGCGGUAAUUGUGGAAAUGAAGUAGAAUUUCCUCGAUAUACAGAUCCAAGAUUUUUACUAAAGACCCGUCAAGGGCGUUGCGGCGAAUGGGCUCAUGUGUUUACACUCAUGUGUCGAUCGCUCGGUUACGAUACGAGACUCGUAGUCGACAAAACUGAUCACGUUUGGAGUGAGGUUUGGUCACUGGCACAAAAACGAUGGAUUCACGCAGAUCCUUGUGAAAAUGUCAUGGACCAACCUCUAAUUUACGAGAAAGGUUGGAAUAAAAAAUUGUCAUACGUGAUAGCGUACUCGAAAGAUGAAAUUCAAGACGUGACUUGGCGCUACACAAGAAAUCCAGAAGCAGUGAGAAAAAAGAGGAAUCUUUGUUCUGAAAACAGUCUCGUGGCUUUUAUAUUAGAACUCACUAAGCAACGGUUACAUUCUCAAAGUUCGGUUAGAAAAGAAUAUGUGACGAAGCGAAGACUUUUGGAAUUAGUCGACAUGCUACCGGCUCCAGCAGGAUGUAAAAAAAUAGAGAGAAAUGAAAAUUUUGUAUACGAAGGACGUAGCUCGGGAUCUUUAGCUUGGAGAUUAGCUCGAGGUGAAACUCAAGUAACAAGUAAAAAAAGUCAAAAAUGGUUGAUUCCCAAGGGAACAGAACACUACGAAUUACGAUAUUUUAUAGUCAAAGACAUCUACGAGGUUUCGAUCCAAAAUGAUAAAAAAAUAGAAACGAAAAUCGGAUGGCAGGAAGGCAUCGACGAGAGCGAGGGUGGGAUUUUUCGAAAAGAAGAAUUAGACUGGAAAAUGGUCUACCUAGCGCGCUCGCCUGAAAAUGAAGUUGGCUUUCUAAGUUGGACGUUUGAAUUGAGCGACGAAAAUUUAGUAAUGAGUAAAUUAAAAUUAAACGCCCUGAUUGGAGCCUUCCAUGGCGGUAAUGUCAAAUGGGAGAUAAAGAAAUUUUUCACCGAAGGAAGUGAAAUUGAAAAAAUUGCCAUUAAUAGAAGUGAAAAUUUUGAAAUUGAUUUAAAAAAAGCUGUCCGCGUUAAUGUCAAGGCAAUUUUAUCCGAUGGAAACGGAGAAUUAGCAUGGCAGCACGCACAGCUCUUUCGCCAAAGUCUCAAUCAGAAAGAAGAACAUUCCAUGCAAAUAAGCAUAUCUUUAGAGAAAAGAUAAAUUAGGUUUUUAAAUUUGUAAAUUUUAUAGGUACAUAAGAUAAUAUGUAUGCUAGUAAAGUAUGAAAUGUGAAAUAUAUAUUUAAUUUAUACAUAUAAUUUAUACAUAUUUUUACAUAUACAAUAGAAGCGUUCAUAAAUGGCGUCACGCUAUAUUUACGGUACAUAAUACAAAACGUUUUCGUACAUUUUACUUACAUUUUUUGUACAAAUAAUUAAAAAUGUAUUAUUAAAGACUUUAAGUAAAGAAAAAAUUUUAUCUUUA